UUCGCGGACAGGUGUCGCAGUGUUGCGUUGGUGUUGUGCAUUCUGGGUAAAAUGAUGAAGCUCUGCUGGGCUCUGUUGCUCGCCAGCGUCCUGUUGGAUCAACCCUCGGAAGGACUAUCGGCUCGAACCCGCCGGGAUCUGGUGGAGAAGGCGACGGGUGUACUGCUGCAGGGAGCGGCCAAAAUUAAGGAAGCACUCGACCACGGUGUCAGCGCCAAGUCGGAAGGGAAACGCUCGAUCGAUAUUUUUGGCUUCAAGUUCGGCUCGGACCGCAGUGUCGGUGGUGGCUUUGGAGAUGCAGCCAAUCCGGGUGCUUCCGAGAAUACGGACGACCUGGUACGGCGCCGACGCUCGCUGGACGUGCUGAAUGCUGCGGCACAGCCCGCGAGCCUGCUGCCUCAGUCACCGUUCGGGACGAACGUCAACAUUGUUAAGAUAAGCUCCGUCAAGAAUGUGAACAACUUCGGGGAACUGCCGGAACCGGCCGAACCGGCGACCACGGCGGCACCGGCCGCCGCAAGACGCAAACGUUCGCCGGAUCUGCUGCAGGUGGCCAAUUACGAGAAAAAAUCUCUCAAGCUUGACAGCGAGCUGUCUGGCGGGAACAUGCUGAAGACGCACGAGGCGCUCGAGUCGGUCCGCGGUUCGAGCCGGGCGUUGGUUCGGGAGAUGAAGCGCAACAAACGGGAACCACAGUCCACGGGCACGACCGGGGAGGCGGGUGAUGAGAAUUCCACUGGAGGACCGCCACCGAAGGGUGGUUGUCCACCGAGGGGACCACCGCGGGGACCACCCGGAAGAGGUCCACCGCCCGGUGGAUGUCGCGGAGGUCCACCACCGGAAGAUGGCGACGACGACAUGACCACGGUGGCAACGACGGCGGCCGGCGCACGGCGUAGGCGUGAAAUCCCCGGAAUCGUGCCAAGUGUCGAGGAACGUGCCAAACGGUCACCGUGCCGCGGAGGAGGCGGCCGACGGCGGACGACUACGACCGAGGCGGGCGAACUGACGCGAAGGAAGCGAGACGAUCACGACAGCCCGUUGCACUAUGACGAUUACGGCGCCAGUAGUGACUAUAGUGACGACACUGAAGAAAAGGAGACGGCCGGGCGAAGCAAACGUUCCGCCGUGACACCCGGAGAUGGCUCGGGAAGCGGCGGAUUACACCGGAACCGAAGACAGGCCCUCGGUGGCGACGCGGGCGCGAAGGUUGGCAGCUGGUUUGAGCAGCUGGCCGGGGUGUUUAUGGAAACGGUCUCGAAAGUAGUGGCCGUUACGAAGGGUGCCUUUGGAAAGGGCGGCCAGCAGUAGUAGCGGUGGUGGUGAUGUCGAUUUUUAGGGACACAUCUGCGAGCGAACGUUCUACUCUCUGCAAACCGUGAACACGACAAUAAAGUGCAAUCACAAUA